UUCAGACUUGCUAGAGUUGAAGGGAACGAGGAACAGAGUGGCCCCGGGGGUACCCACACGGGACAGCCACCCUACCGCCUUAGGACGUCCGGGCAGGGGAUGCAGCUGGAAGUCUAGGGAAGCACUUCUACCCCCUCCUCUCCUCAACCCUGGCGGGGUGGUGAGUAGUGAACACCCCCUCCCCAACCUCUCCUUGUUUAGGGUCCCCUGACCACCCAGGCGGCUUUAGGAGAGGACCCCCAGGAGUUCAUCAGGCCAGCCGUCCAGCGUGCCUUAAUGCCCCCAAGAAGACAGCACCGGCAGCUCUACCGGACCCUGGACCCUGUGCCCGCCCCUCCCUCAAGACGAAACUCAAGCCCCCGCACCCCAGCCCUGAUACCCCUUGUGGCCAGGGAGGGGUGGGGUGAGCCCUUGCGCUGUGCAGAGGUUUCCCAGUCCCCUCAACAGCACUCACGGAUGGCUGAGAAGAGCUGACACUCCCCCUCUGUGACCACCUUCUCUGCUUGGGCCAUGGAGGAAGCCUUGCUGCCCUUGGCCAUGACCUCUGACCCCAGGCCCUUUAAUCAACAACUCCCAGAGCCUCCAGAUCUAAGAUGUCUCUUGGAAGCCCAGGACAGUACUGAACUGGCACCCGCCCUGGUGUGUGCCCUUUGCUGCUGCUUCGGGAUCAUCUACUGCUGCUUCGGCUACCGCUGCUUCAAGGCCGUGAUGUUCCUCUCGGGCCUGCUGUCGGGGGCGCUGGUCACCUUCCUGUUGUGCCACAAGGAGCGGGUUCUCGAGACACAGCUGAGCCUGGAGGUGAGCGCCGGCAUCGCGCUGGGCAUCGGACUGCUCUGCGGCCUGGUCACCAUGCUGGUGCGCAGCGUGGGGCUCUUCCUGACCGGCCUCCUGCUGGGCGUCACCCUGGGGGCUGGCGCCCUGCUCGGCACGGAGCCCGUCUACCAGCCGCCUUCCGCCUGGGUGCCGGCUGGGGGGCUAGUGGGACUGGCCCUGCUGGGAGCUCUCCUCACGCUGCGGUGGCCACGUCCGUUCACCGUGCUGGGCACCGCCCUGCUGGGGGCAGCCGUGCUGGUGGCCUGUGCUGACUACUUCCUGGAGGGGCUGGCCCUGGGCAGUCGGCUGGGCCAACGUCUGCAGGCGCUCCCGGCCGUGCCGCCUCUCUGCUGGUAUAGCUGGGUCUUGCUGGGCACCUGGCCAGCCCUGGGGGCUCUUGGGGCCCUGGCGCAGUGGAAGCUCAUGGAUGAGGACCAUGGAGGUCGUGCCAACGCAGUGGUGCUGAGCCAGCAUCGAAGGCAUCUGCAGCUCCUCCGGCUCCGUCAGCAAGAGGCCAAGUGGCCCCGGACGUCUCCUGCGGCGGGGCUGUGUGAGGGCAGCUACCGGCGCCAGCACCCCAGCGCCCGCAGCCCGGCGGACAGUCUGGCUCCCAGCUAUCUCCAGAGCCUUCGAGAACGCCAGCUGGGCCCAGGCCCCUUGGCCACCGCACCUCACACCGUCGUGGACCUGGAUUCUGACUGUGGUUCUACUGUACCGCUCCACGCCCUGUUGGGUCCCACCCAGACCUGAGCCUGCUUCCCCACCGGAACUCUGUCACAAGCAGGGACUGGAAUUUAGGUGGACAGGGCCUGUGACCGCGGGACCUACACGUGAACCGGCCACCUCGUGAACUUGGGAUCGAAUCUGUGUGUAAGAGCAGGAGAGAUUGUGUAGGAGAUGAGGCACUUGCUUGCAGCUGCGGCAACCGUGACCCGGGUUCAAAUCCCCAGCACUGGGGGCUGGAGCGAGAGCACAGCGGGGAGGGUAUUUGCCUUGCACGCAGCCGACCCAGGUUCGAGUCCCAGCAUCCCAUACAGUCCCCUGAGCACCGUCAGGGGUAGUUCCUGAGUGCAGAGCCAGGAGUGACCCCUGUGCAUCGCCGGGUGUGACCCAAGAAGCAGAAAAAAAAACAAAACCCCAGCACCACAUAUGGUCCCCUGAGCACUGUCAGGGGUCACUCCUAAGCAAAGAACCAGGAAUAGCCCCUGAGAAUCACUGGGUGUGGCCCGUGGAACAAUAACAACAGAAAGUUUGUAUGUCCACCCAGACCAAUCCUGUAGGGAUGUGUUUCUGGGUCAGAUGGGAAGGAAGCUAGUGGGGAGAGGAAAUAGAAAUAGGAGUCAAAUAGUAGAGGUGCCCUGGCCUGAAUUGUUUUUUUUGGGGUGGGGGUUUUUGGGUCCCACCCAGUGAUGCUCAGGGGCUACUCCUGGCACUAGACUCAGGAAUUACUCCUAGCGGUGCUCAGGGAACCAUGUGGGAUGUCAGGGAUUGAACCCAGAUCGGCUGUGUGCAACGCCCUACCUACUGUACUGUUGCAUUGGCCCCCAGUCUGACUUUUUAAGUCCUUUCAAAUCAAGGAAGGCCCUAAGCCGAACAGCCUUCUAGCCCACCCAAACAUGCCUCAUCGUGAUUGAUAAAAUGAGCGGAUUUAAGGCCAGAGUGAUAAUAUAGCAAUAAGGCACUUGGCUUGCACGAGACAACCGACUUCCACCCCAGUGUCCCGUGUAAUCCCCUGAAUCUUACCGGGAGUGAUUCCUGAGCACAAAACCAGGAAUUAGCCCUGAGCACAGCUGGGUGUGCCUCCACCCCCAAAAUGGAGAAGAAAAAAAAAAAAAAAAAGAGGGAGUGUAUUGGUAUAGAUAGGACCUAGAGGAAAUCAAGGCGUCUCCUGCAGUACUUGGUAGCUUCUCGAGGGAGAGAAAGGCACAGGAGAGCUCUAGGACCACCCCCCACCCCCUGGUGUGCUCGGAGACCAUGUGCGAUGCCGAGGAUCAAACCGAGUCGGCCUUGUGCAGGGCAAGCGCCCUCCGUUAGGAAGAGUCUCUGGUUAGCCUUUCUUCCAGAUCCUCUUUACCCAAGGCCUUUUCUCCUACCUCAGCUGGAGGCUCUGCCCUCCGUGGUGCUUCUCGGUCCUUCUUUAGUGAGGGAAAGAGCAGGGGCGGUGCCUGGCUGAGCCCCCACCCGCCCCCAAAGCUGACUCCUCCACUCCAAGGAGAGCGCCUUGACCCACAUACGAGAGUCUGGCCCUCGGACCCCAGGAGCCAGGCCUUUGGGGCUGCAGGAACACAAGUGCCUUCUCUGCCUCUGACCUUAGGUGGUACUAAUCUCUCGGCGGGACGUUAUUCCAACCACUAACCAGUCUAACUCCACCCCCCACCCCAGUGGUCCUCCCUGUUCCCAGGCAGCGUGAAGGAAGAUGGAGGCCUUGAGGGGAGGAGGCAGAACCUGGGAGCAU